AUGGUAUGUACAUGUGGUGAGACCACCAUUGAUUCCUAUUUGGAUGACUGCCCAUAUUUAACUACAGCCUAUAUUCUUGCCGGUCUUUCAAUGAUGCUCAAUAUUCGUCUGGCAUAUAGUUCUGCUCCAUAUGCACUCAUUAGAUUCAGGUUGCCUGAGAAUCUAUUCAGUGUAUUUGUUAGAAGAAUGGCUAGUGCACUGGAAUUUUGGUGUCUACCAAGUAUGCUCCUGGGAAACAUAAUGGAGAUCGCUCAGAAAGUUACUGCCGAUAAGAAAUCAGAAUUUAAGUUGGACCACUCCAAACAACAACAACAAGACCAAGGUGAUAAUAAGACCAAGCUUGGAACCCUCAUCCAAAUGAAACGUUGGAAGUUCAUGUGGAUUAUAUUUCCUUCCAUGGUGACUAUGUGGUCUGACUUCAUAACAUAUUUAAUAUUAUUGAUAGUUUAUGUAACUGGUGGUGACACUGGUAACGUUACUGGUUAUUACUUUGUAAUUGCAGUUUCUGGAUUCAUUUUUGGUAUUAAUAUGGUCCUGGUGUAUGCUGCUGAUUGGAGAUACACCCCUGUCUAUAUUGCUGGUGAAAAUGCAUUUCCAAUGUUAACAUCAAUCAUACACUACUUUGCUACACUCAUAUUUGGUAAUAGACGAAGAUAUAAUAGCGACUUCAUGAUAGUAACUAUUGAUAUUUGUGUUGCGAUUGUAAUCUCAUUCACUACAGCUACUCUGUGGACCUCAGCAUACUACAUUAUGGAUCAUAAAAGUCCAAAUAAGAUAUUGAGAUUCGGUGUUCGUCCAGGUCAAUUUGGUACUGCUGAUGCUUACGGUACUACUCGUAAUACUGAUCUUACCUUUAGUGUAAAUCUCAAUGGUGGUACUGGAUUUCAGUCUAGUGGUACUAUAAUAAUCACUGUAGGUAGUGAUAAUUUUACAGAACUCAACAGUCAUACUGGUGAUGUGACUAUCACACUCUCCGGAAGUGGAUCUAUCAAGAAGUCUGAUGGUGAAUUCGCCAGAGGCAUUAAUGAACCACUCAAUAAGGGUACUCAGCUAGUAAUUAAUGCCACUGGUAGAAUCUCUACCCCUAAUAUUAAUGGUUCAGAUAUUACUAUUAAAGGUAAUCUAACUGUAACCUCAGAAGGUGGUAAGAAACUUGGCACCUCACUCACCCUGGGUCCAGACUCUUCAGAUCCUAGCAGUAAUGGUCUAGGUGGAUCCAUAACAACAGAGGGUACUAGCAACACUGUCACAAUCAAGGAAAAUAGUACUAUCACUUUGAAAGACGAGGCUCUAAAAGCUAUUAAGUCUCUCACUCAAAAUGCUGUUACUCUAAGUGGUACUGGUGGUUUUAAAUCUAGUGCUAGUAUCACUGUCAGCCGUGAUGAAGGUAAUAAUACAGAUUUAUCAAAUCUCAAUGUUACUAGUAAUCUUCAAAUCACCAUCAACGAUGGUAGUAUCAGGAAUUCUGAUGGUAGUGAACUCCAAAGAGGUACUACACUAAAUAAGGGUACUAAGCUAUCCAUUGAAGCCAAUGGUCAAAUCACCGAACCUCGUGAUGCUAGUGGCACUGUAAAACUUACAGGUACUAUUGUGGUCACCUCCAAUAAUGUGACUAUUGGCAACAGUGGUCUCAACUUUAAUGGAGGUCCCAAUCGUACUGGUGUCGAUGGAACCCUUACACUAAAUGAUGAAAACGGUCCUCCUAAGUAUGUCAAAAUCACUAAUGCUAGUAGUAAAAUCACAAUCACUAGUGCUGCCUACACCAUAAUCAAGAAGGCUUCUGAUACAAUUCCUAGUUUUUUUACCAUUGGUGCUGCCGAUCCUCGUAAUCCUGAAAAGGUUAAACAUGCCGAUGGUCUCGAUAAAGAACACGAUUUUACUAAGCACUGGCAUAUCAUGCCUUCAGAUAAGUAUGAUUCUAAUGAUCUUCCAGACCCAACAGUUGUCUCUCCAGCACUGAUGGUUAUUAUUGGUAUGGGAUUUGUAUACUGUAUAUAUCCUGGUAUCGCACCCGGUAUGAUUGUGCCAUUCUUUCUGGUUGAUAAGAUUGAAACUGUACUUUUAGUCCUGACUACAUUCCCACCUGUAAUUAUUGCCAUCCUACAAAAACACAAGGCUGGCUGGUCUCCUAAAACCCAACACAAUGGUACUAGGUUUGGCGGAUGGAAAUCAUACAAUGCGUUCGGUGAUUAUAAUACUACCUUUUAUCAUGGUUUUGACAUUCUUAUGAUUAUUAAGAUGACACUUCUUGUUAUCUUUAUUUACUGUCUGCAUUAUAGAGAUUCUCAUAUAUCUAGAUCUAUUGUUAAUCAACCUAAAAUGUCCACAUUCCUAACAAUAGUAUUUUAUAUGUGUCAUGAAUUUUUGUUAGCAUUGGGAUUCUCAGGUGUUAUAGGUAAUAAUGGAGCUACAUACAUUGUACUUCCAGCCCAGUAUGUGGGUGCACUCCUAAUGAUCUUCCUGGCCUUUUAUUCAGAAGGAUACAUUAUAGAAUAUAAAAGUCAUGAUCCUGCACACUGA